UCCCUCAGGAUGUCCUCUCUGCCGGACGGGGCCGUCGGAGACGAGAUGAAGCAAGCGAAGGAGAUGGAGGACGGCGAGAAAUACUCUUUCAUGUCCACCCUCACCAAGGCGCCCAAGAAGCAAAUCCAGUUUGCAGAUGAUAUGCAAGAAUUCACCAAGUUCCCAACCAAGACUGGUCGCAGGUCCCUAUCUCGUUCCAUUUCACAGUCUUCCACUGACAGCUAUAGCUCUGCGGCAUCCUACACAGACAGCUCUGAUGAUGAAGUUUCCCCUCGAGAAAAGCAGCAAACUAAUUCCAAGGGCAGCAGCAAUUUCUGUGUUAAAAAUAUCAAGCAGGCAGAGUUUGGGCGCCGAGAAAUAGAAAUAGCAGAGCAAGACAUGUCUGCCCUGAUUUCACUAAGAAAACGAGCUCAGGGGGAGAAGCCUUUAGCCGGAGCUAAAAUUGUAGGAUGUACUCACAUUACAGCACAGACUGCGGUAUUGAUUGAGUCACUAUGUGCACUGGGAGCUCAGUGUCGUUGGUCUGCUUGCAAUAUUUAUUCCACUCAGAAUGAGGUGGCUGCUGCAUUGGCUGAGGCUGGUGUUGCUGUGUUUGCCUGGAAGGGGGAGUCUGAGGAUGAUUUUUGGUGGUGCAUCGACCGCUGUGUUAAUGUGGAUGGAUGGCAGGCCAACAUGAUCUUGGAUGAUGGGGGAGACCUGACCCACUGGGUUUAUAAGAAAUAUCCAAAUGUCUUUAAGAAGAUCAGAGGGAUUGUAGAAGAAAGUGUGACGGGUGUGCACAGGUUAUAUCAGCUAUCAAAGGCUGGGAAACUGUGUGUUCCAGCCAUGAAUGUCAAUGACUCUGUCACUAAACAGAAAUUUGAUAACUUGUACUGUUGCAGAGAGUCCAUCUUAGAUGGCCUAAAGAGGACAACUGAUGUGAUGUUUGGAGGGAAGCAAGUGGUAGUGUGUGGCUAUGGUGAGGUUGGAAAGGGAUGUUGUGCAGCUCUGAAAGCCUUAGGAGCUAUAGUUUACAUCACAGAGAUUGAUCCCAUCUGUGCUCUUCAAGCUUGCAUGGAUGGGUUCCGAGUAAUGAAGCUCAAUGAAAUAAUUCGCCAGGUGGAUGUGAUCAUAACUUGUACAGGAAAUAAGAAUGUGGUGACUAGGGAGCACUUGGACAGAAUGAAGAAUAGCUGCAUCGUGUGUAAUAUGGGUCAUUCCAAUACAGAAAUUGAUGUGGCCAGCCUGCGUACCCCAGAGCUGACCUGGGAGCGUGUACGUUCUCAGGUGGAUCAUAUAAUCUGGCCCGAUGGCAAGCGUGUUGUCCUGCUAGCUGAGGGACGACUUCUCAAUCUGAGCUGUUCAACUGUUCCUACCUUUGUUCUGUCAAUCACAGCUACCACUCAGGCUUUGGCUUUGAUUGAGCUUUACAAUGCUCCUGAGGGACGAUAUAAACAAGAUGUAUACCUGCUGCCUAAAAAGAUGGAUGAAUAUGUUGCCAGUUUGCACCUGCCUUCAUUUGAUGCCCACCUGACAGAACUAUCAGAUGAUCAAGCAAAAUAUCUGGGUCUCAAUAAAAAUGGGCCCUUCAAACCAAACUAUUACAGGUACUAAUGGACCAUAAUGCUGAAGGACCAGACCACAUGCUCAACACAAGAGCUUUAGCAAGAAUAUUUUUAAAGAAUGUAUUUUUGUUUUACUUUCUGAAAUGUUUUUAUUCCUUUAUGUGAUGUUAUUGUCCCUUUUCAUUCUUGUUUUUAAAAAAUAUUAUUUCCAUGUCUGUGUCUGACCCUGCAAGACAACCUGGGAUUUCCCUACUACAUCACCACUGAAAUAGUGUGGUUUCAUCCCCUUACCUCUCUUGCUAGUGGGAGGAUUUCUUUUGGCAAUGAAGGGCGUUCAUUUCCUGUGGCAGUUUUCUUUUAAUUUAAACCUUUCCAGUGCACCUUAAUUCUAGUUAAUGUAUCUAAGAAAUAUUAAGAGUACUAUUUUUUUCUCUGUGGAAAAUUCUAAAUUGCCUUAAUGAGCCUCGAUUUGUUAGCUGCUAGAUCAAUGCUCCUUGUCCUGCACUGGAACAGAGUAGACACCUUGUGGCCACCUAAGAUAACAAGCAUAUAUUCAGUAA